GUUUGGAUGUGUCUGUGGAGCUUCCAUGACCUUUCCUUGUAUAAACUGUACUGGCUUCCCCAGUAUUGUGUACUGUCUUACCCUUCAUGAUUUUAAUUUUUGUAAAAUAUUUUUAUUCGUUUGACUUACGCCUCUUAAGAAUAUUAGAACUUUAAAGUGAACACCAUAUAUUUAAAUUUUCUUACACAAUCUAAUUGUAUUUCUAUUUCUAGAAUUGAAGUAAUGAUGUAUUAUUUGUUAGUUUUUUUAGUUAUUACUAAUAGAACUCAAUUGUUUAUUAUUAAGCAUAGGACUUAAUUUCUUGAUUUAUGAUUGUUCUCCCCGGUGCUUAAAUUGCUCUAUCUUAGUAUAUGAGUUGCUCAGUAGGAAAAUACUUUAACACUGGUAUGUGAGAAAAGACUGAAAACAAUGAAUUUGGUACAGACAAUAAUCUGUUUUAUUCUGUAUCCCUGAAUAAGUGAGUAUGCAUGAUAAUACCAUAUUCUCUUCUCAGAGGGAUACUGAUUGAUUCUGAUUUAUUUCACUUUAGUAAUGGUAUAAUUUUUAGCAUCUGGAAUUUUUUCUGAUUAUACAAAAUAAGUCAUUUGUUGUUUGAAUUUGCAGAAGCAGUGAAUAACAUUAGAAUUUAAAUGGCAUAUGCUAAUAUUGUCCCUGUUAGAGGUUUUGAGGUGAGAUUUGAAAAUUCUUAAUAUAAAAUCAUUCGUGCUUUUAGGUAAACUUGUAUCUUCCAAGUGACUUGUUUUAGCUGAUUCAGGAAUAGUUUAUGAAAAAUGGAAAAUCUUUGUGAAGAUCAUAUGCUGUGGGCUUUGGUCAAGAACAGUUAAAUCUUAACCUUCCGUGUAAUGAAUGAAAGAAUGGAAGUCCAGAAUAAAUUGCUGUAGGGCUGUUUUUUUGUUGUUACAAUAGAAUUGGAGUGCAUGGGAUUGUAAUGGAUUUUAGAAAUACUGUGUUGGUGAUAUUUUGUCACAUGCAGCAUUUAUAUAUAAUCAUCUCUGGCCAGUGCAAACUUUUAGAAGAAAGAAAAUCAGAAAAUGCUAAGUGAGCCAAAUAAAUUGCUUUAUAUACAGACCUUGUCUUUACCACAGUUGUUCUCCAAUGUUGUGUUCCUGAAUAGUCUAUGAUAUCUGAAAUCUUAAAAUGCCAGGACACUACAGCUAAAACACUACAGCUUCAUUUUUAGGUGAAAAUUUUGACAGAAUUAUGGAAGUCUUUCUACAACUUGUAGAUGAUUAUAUUUUAUAACAUCUACUCCAAAGUUAUGUAUUACAUUGUGGAUUUUAGAAUCUCUACUUGCUUCCCUGGAACUUUUAAAAUUGAAAUGUAAUCUACAAAAUGGUGUGAUUUUUGAUCCUAAUAAUAUUAGUAGUAAUAAUAAUGGCAGCUAAGAGUAUUGAGCACUUACUAUAUGUGAGGCAUUUUUCUGUGGGCUUCACAUGUAUUAGUUCAUUUAAUCCUCAUAACAAUCCUGUGACGUAGGUACUGUAUUAUGAAAUUGAGGCACAGAAGGAUUAAUUUAAUGUCGCACUACUAACUGAUAGAGCCAGGGUUUGGACUAAGGCAAUUUGGCUCAAGUCCAUGCUCUUACCCACUGUAUUGUACUUUGUAUUUGUGGUAUCAUCUUAAAAAGAGAUUGUUUUGAAGAAUCUGUUUGAGGUGGUUAUAACUUAAGAGUAUCCUAAAUGUUUUUAAAAGUAGAAUUAAGCCUAAAACCUUGUUUUUUUCUUAAACACAUGGAACUAGUUGCAUUUUAAAGUAUCAACAAUUGGGGUUCUCCUAUGUAUUGUCUAUGAUUUCCUUCACUGACUAGGGUUUUCUGUAUUUGGUGAAUUGAUAUUUUUAAUGUUUCCAUGUUGACUGGGGACGUUGUUUUAGAAGUAGUUACUUGCAUCCUCCAAAAAAAUGAAACUUGCUGGUACAUACAUUUGGAAAUCAUUAUUCUCUGUGCUAAAUCAGUAAUAAUGUUUCCUUUUUACAAAAAUACAUUGUUACAUACGCAUAAUACUAUUUAGUCUUUGGUUUGCUGGAGUUGCAGUGCUCUAUAGUAUCCAGCUGAGGGCAGCUGUUUACUGAUAGAAAAAUGAGUUAACUUCAGAAGUAACUACUUUUUGCUUACCAAAACUUGGUAUCUAGUAUAAAAUACGACAGUUGACAUACAAGCAGCCUUAUUUGCACUCCUAUUUUGUUGCUAUUAUGGUUGUGAAUAAUUUAUUGAAAAUGAAAAAUCUAGUUUUACUUCAUAGUAUUUUUUGUCCUCUUAUAAAUUGGAGAAUGAAAACAGUGGUGAUUCUAGUUUUUCUUUUCCCAUUCCCAUUGAAAUUUGUCUCCCCAUUGAAAAGUUAUGUUCAGUUUCAGAACUUCUUUUUCCCUUAAGGUUCUAUUUUAAAAUAACAAUAUAGAAUCAGACUCUAAAGAGAUCAGAGAUCCUUUGUAUCUUCCUUAUUAUCAGAGUCUCUAUAUGUAAACGUACGUGACUAUAAAGUUCUUUGAGGGCUUUUUGUUAUAAAGGUAAAAAAUCAAAAUUUUCAGUAUGCUGUUUGAUUCAUUUUUCUAUGCAGAAUUAAUAUAUUAAAUUUGUAGAAUAUAGUAUACUCUUCUAAUUUCCAUUUUGAGUAUAACAGUUUAAAUUAUAUCUUCUAUGUGGUUCAGAGAAAGAGUUUUGGAGGGUUAAUUAUCAACGACAUCUGAAACAGAAUUUUUUGAGAAUAAAGAAUGUCCGUCUAUGUAAAACUGCACUGUAAUACUAACAAAGUGGGUACUGUUGGUAACAGAGAGAGCAUCCCAUGGGAGCUACUUCAACACAAAGGGAUUAUCUAUAAGAGAAACAGACACAAUAUGAUUGAAAGCUAUGUUAUUUGAAAAAAAUGUGUUUUUAUUUUUAAAGCAGCAGUCUUAUGUUAGAAAAUAAAGUGGAUAUUAGAAGAGAUAGAGACCAAACUGAGGCUUGUUGUUGUUGUUAGGUGCCGUUGAGUCAAUUCCAACUUAUAGUGACCCAGUGUGACAGAGUAGCGGCUGGUAGAUUUGAACUGCCGACCUUUUGGUUAACAGCCAAGCUCUUAACCAUUGCGCCACCAGGGUUCCCACCAGGGAUUCUUAAAAUGAAGUUAGUGACACUCAUUCUGUGAGGUGGUAGAUAGUCUAGUGGGGCUGUAGACACGGUUAUCUUAGUAUCACCUUUUUUUCUAACUUACAACAUUUGUAGUUUCCCAGUGCUUUUAUAAUACCUCUUUUCUCUCCUAUCAUUUUAGGGCUAGAUCUCUGUUGGGGUUUUUGGUGAUGGUGGUUCUAUUCUGUUGUUUAUAUUUGUGUAACUAAAAAUGUCACCUCUGCCAAUGAUUUUGAAUUCUUAACUACACUUUAAAUGGUGGUGUAAAAGAAUGGUCCUUUUUAAGAGAGUAGCGUCAGGGGAAGACUGGGAUUAUUUCUUGUGUAUGGAUUGCCUUCCCAGUAGCUGACUUGUAUUUAGUGAGACAGCAUCAUUCCAAAGUCAAAAAACAAAUCACCCAUUUCUGACAUUCUCCUUUCUAAGUCUCUCAUAUCACAUUCUAACUUCCCACUGUAAAGAACCAUAGAAACUGUUGGAAGAAGAGAUAAGGCAGAUGACUUGGCUUUUGGUAGAAAAAAAUAGAAUGGAAAGAGAACAAACCAGUUCACUAAACAUUGUGAGUGGAUGAUUCUACUAACAUUCUUACGCUGAGCUUUUUCUCUUAUCUUCAUAAUAGUCCAGUUCAUGGACUUGAAUAUGGAAUGUAGUCUAAACUAAUUAACACUGACAUAAGUGGUUAAUUUAGGAAAGUCAUUUGAGACAAUGCUGAAAAAAUUAGUUUGAGGAGGUUUUCAUCUGCAAACUUUAUUUAGGUAUUGAGGAACUGUCAGAGGUUCUUGAGGAGUGGAUCAUGCCCCACAUUUCCUCUCUGUUAUUUUAGGAAGAGUUGUCUGGGUAAAAAUUCAGCACUAAGGAUUUGCAAUGGACUGGCACGUUUUUAUCCAUUUUACUGUUAUUACUUUCCAUCACAGUUUACGUUUAUAAAUAAAUACUUGUAUAUUUCUUAUGUCUUUAAUCAAUCGUGACUGUUAUCCUUUCAAACAUAAUGUGUUUUUCAGAAUCAUUGAGACUGAAAAACAAUUGAAAACUCUAGUAGGAAUAAUAAUCUGAAGUGCAGUUAAUAGCUAGAGUAGAUUUAAUGUCUUAGUGCUUAUGAGAUAAAGAAUGGGAACGGAAAGAGUACAAUUAAAACAAACACUUGAAAAUAGUGCUUCUUCUGAAUAUUUCUAAGCUAGAACAAACGUUAUGUGUAUGUAUAUGCACGUAUAUGUACAUGUAUUAUAUAUGUAUUUUUAAGCAUGCACAAACAGCCAAGCAAAUACUGUCUUUAAGUUUGAAACACAAUUCAAAGUAUUCCUAUAAUAUUAAUAUUGAUAUUUGGGUAAGGAAGACUUAAUAUGUUAUUUAAGAGAUUUUUUUUUUUUUACAGAAAAAUUGACUUUCACUUUCUAGAGAACACCUUGUUUAGUAGUUAGAGGAGUGUCAGAAGGGGCCCUGAAGCAUGGCCCUGCUUUGGGUGUAUCCGCAUUACUGACUUUGUAUGGGAGGUUCACCAGCUGUUUGACUGGCAGGAGCAGACUGCUUUCACUUCAGUAGUUUAUAAUUCCUGGCUAUUCUAGGAUAGUUUGCACUUCACCAAGCCUCAGACAGGUCAGGACAUUUGGUAGGAGAAGGUUGAAAGACAAAAGCAGCAGGCCUUGGGUUCUCAGCCUUUUUUAAAAUUUUAAUAAAAAAAUUUUUUUUUAAAUUUGACGGUUAGAGAUUUUAGUAAUGUGCCUGUAUUACAUGUAGAGAGUAUUCAUCAACCAAGAGAAGUUUUAAAAUGUCAAAGCCAGGAAAAGCUACUUUAAACCAUGGCUUGGUUCCUGUUGAUCUUAAAAGUGCAAAAGAACCUCUACCACAUCAAACUGUGAUGAAGAUAUUUAGCAUUAGCAUCAUUGCCCAAGGCCUCCCUUUUUGUAGAAGACGGAUGAAAAGAAAGUUGGACCAUGGUUCUGAGGUCCGCUCUUUUUCUUUGGGAAAGAAACCAUGCAAAGUCUCAGAAUAUACAAGUACCAGUGGGCUUGUACCAUGUUCAGCAACACCAACAACUUUUGGGGACCUGAGAGCAGCCAAUGGCCAGGGGCAACAGCGACGCCGAAUUACGUCUGUCCAACCACCUACAGGCCUCCAGGAAUGGCUGAAAAUGUUUCAGAGCUGGAGUGGACCAGAGAAAUUGCUUGCCUUAGAUGAACUUAUUGAUAGUUGUGAACCAACACAAGUAAAGCAUAUGAUGCAAGUGAUAGAACCCCAGUUUCAACGAGACUUCAUUUCCUUGCUCCCUAAAGAGCUGGCACUGUAUGUGCUUUCAUUCCUGGAACCCAAAGACCUGCUACAAGCAGCUCAGACUUGUCGCUACUGGAGAAUUUUGGCUGAAGACAACCUUCUCUGGAGAGAGAAAUGCAAAGAAGAAGGGAUUGAUGAACCAUUGCACAUCAAGAGAAGGAAAGUAAUAAAACCAGGUUUCAUACACAGUCCGUGGAAAAGUGCGUACAUCAGACAGCACAGAAUUGAUACCAACUGGAGGCGAGGAGAACUCAAAUCUCCUAAGGUGCUGAAGGGGCACGAUGAUCAUGUGAUCACAUGCUUACAGUUUUGUGGUAACCGAAUAGUUAGUGGUUCUGAUGACAACACUUUAAAAGUCUGGUCAGCGGUCACAGGCAAAUGUCUAAGGACAUUAGUGGGACACACAGGUGGAGUAUGGUCAUCACAGAUGAGAGACAACAUCAUCAUUAGUGGAUCUACAGAUAGGACCCUCAAAGUGUGGAAUGCAGAGACUGGAGAAUGUAUACACACCUUAUAUGGGCAUACUUCUACUGUACGCUGUAUGCAUCUCCAUGAAAAAAGAGUCGUUAGUGGUUCCAGAGAUGCCACUCUUAGGGUUUGGGAUAUUGAGACAGGCCAGUGUUUACAUGUUUUAAUGGGUCAUGUAGCAGCGGUCCGCUGUGUUCAAUAUGAUGGCAGGAGGGUUGUUAGUGGAGCAUAUGAUUUUAUGGUGAAGGUGUGGGAUCCAGAGACUGAGACCUGUCUACACACGUUGCAGGGGCAUACUAAUCGAGUCUACUCAUUACAGUUUGAUGGCAUCCAUGUGGUGAGUGGCUCUCUUGAUACAUCAAUCCGAGUUUGGGAUGUGGAGACAGGGAAUUGCAUUCACACGUUAACAGGGCAUCAGUCAUUAACAAGUGGAAUGGAACUCAAAGACAAUAUCCUUGUCUCUGGGAAUGCAGAUUCUACAGUUAAAAUCUGGGAUAUCAAAACAGGACAGUGUUUACAAACAUUGCAAGGUCCCAACAAGCAUCAGAGUGCUGUGACUUGUUUACAGUUCAACAAAAAUUUUGUAAUUACCAGUUCAGAUGAUGGGACUGUAAAACUAUGGGACUUGAAAACGGGUGAAUUUAUUCGAAACCUAGUCACAUUGGAGAGCGGGGGGAGCGGGGGAGUUGUGUGGCGGAUCAGAGCCUCGAACACAAAGCUGGUGUGUGCAGUUGGGAGUCGAAACGGGACUGAGGAAACCAAGCUGCUGGUGCUGGACUUUGAUGUGGACAUGAAGUGAAGAGCAGAAAAGAUGAAUUUGUCCAAAUGUGUAGAUGAUAUACUCCCUGCCCUUCCCCCUGCCUAAAAAAGAAGAAAAAAAUGAAAAAAGAAAAAAUCCCUUGUUCUCAGUGGUGCAGGAUGUUGGCUUGGGGCAACAGAUUGAAAAGACCUACAGACUAAGAAGGAAAAGAGGAAGAGAUGACAAACCGUAACUGACAAGAGAGGCACUGCUGCCUCAUCACAUAAAAGGCUUCACUUUUGACUGAGGGCAGCUUUGCAAAAUGCGACUUUCUAAAUCAAACCAGGUGCAAUUAUUUCUUUAUUUUCUUCUCCAGUGGUCAUUGGGCAGUGUUAGUGCUGAGACAUCGUGACAGAUUCUGCUAGCCUGUUCUCUUACCACUGAGAUCUAGAAAGGAGCUGCAAUAACAUCAAAACAAGUACUGGCUGACUUUCUAAUUCGAGAGCAUCUGCAACGCAACAAAAAGUCAUUUUUCUGAAGUGGAAAAGCUAAAAAAAAAAAAAAAAAAAAUUACUGUGAAUUGUUUUUGUACAGUUAUCAUGAAAACCUUUUUUUUCUUUGCCAACCAUUGCCAAUGUCAAUCAAUCACAGUAUUAGCCUCUGUUAAUCUAUUUACUGUUGCUUCCACAUACACUCUGCAAUGCAUAUGUUGCUCAAAGGUGGCAAGUUGUCCUGGGUUCUGUGAGUCCUGAGGUGGAUUUAACUCUUGAUGCUGGUGCUAGAAGUAGGUCUUCACAUAUGGGAUUGUUGUCCCACCCCUGUACUGUACUCCCAGUGGCCAAACUUAUUUAUGCUGCUAAAUGAAAGAAAGAAAAAAGCAAAUUAUUAUUUUUUAUUUUUUUUCUGCUGUGACGUUUUAGUCCCAGACUGAAUUCCAAAUUUGCUCUAGUUUGGUUACGGAAAAAAGACUUUUUGCCACUGAAACUUGAACCAUCUGUGCCUCUAAGAGGCUGAGAAUGGGAGAGUUUCAGAUAAUAAAGAGUGAAGUUUGCCUGCAAGUAAAGAAUUGAGAGUGUGUGCAAAGCUUAUUUUCUUUUAUCUGGGCAAAAAUUAAAACACAUUCCUUGGAACAGAGCUUUUACUGCCUGUUCUCUGGAGAAACUUUUCUUUUUGAGGGCUGUGGUGAAUGGAAUGAACAUACAUAAUUAAACUGACAAAAUAUUUUUUAAAAAUAUAAAACAAAAUUUAAAUAAAGUUGCUGAUCAGUCUUAGUGUUCUACAGUAUUUGGGAAAACAACUGUUACAGUUUUAUUGCUGUGAGUAACUGACAAAGCAGAAACUAUUCAGUUUUUGUAGUAAAGGCGUCACAUGCAAACAAACGAAAUGAAUGAAAAAGUCAAAUGGUUUGCCUCAUUCUCCAAGAGCCACAACUCAAGCUGAACUGUGAAAGUGGUUUAACACUGUAUCCUAGGCGAUCUUUUUUUUUUCCUCCUCCUGUUUAUUUUUUUUUUGUUUGUUUUAUUUAUAGUCUGAUUUAAAACAAUCAGAUUCAAGUUGAUUAAUUUUAGUUAUGUAACAGCCUGACAUGAUGGAGGAAAACAACCUUUAAAGGGAUUGUGUCUAUGGUUUGAUUCACUUAGAAAUUUUAUUUUCUUAUAACUUAAGUGCAAUAAAAUGUGUUUUUUCAUGUUA